AUGCUCCGGAAGGGGUUUCACGAUUUUGCCUCGAUUUUUUAUGCUAUAAGCUGCCUAAUCGAGACGGUGUGUAGUCAGUACGGCUAUGAGCGAUCCUCGUCAAAUGUCGACAUGGGAGGCGGUCGACCAUUGUUGCCGCCUUGCCCGGGCCUUUGGCAAUUUGGUUGCAAGAACGGAGAAUGCAUAGCCAAAUACGAUGUAUGUGAUGGCAUCCCCCAAUGCAGCGAUGGAUCUGAUGAAUGGAAUUGUGACGAUGUCGCCAGAUUAAAGCAAAACCCAGGAAAAGCGGCCGAACUUGCAGCGAAUGGCGGCGUUCUCGCCACGACGACCCCACCAGCCCCAACGUCAAACGUCGCUGGCGGUCUUCUCACUCGACAUCAGGUUUUCCUGAUCGGCGGUGGGACAGUGGCCCUUUGCGUGGCCAUUCUACUCUUCAUCCGACGACGUGCCAGAAUUCGGGCAGUCUCCCGCAAUCGACGAAUUGGCAUGGGAAUGUUGCGAGACGAUUCCGAUGAAGACGACAUUCUGAUAACGUCGAUGUACUCA